UCUAUCAUUGAAAUUUUCCAUAUAUAGCUUAUCGUUAUAAAUAUACAAAUAAAUAUACAUAGUGAAAUUUGAUAUAUAUGAAGUUGUAAUCAAUCGUUAGAGUACUACAACACUAUGGCAGAAAAAUAGUAAAAAAGUUUGUUAUUUUCAAGAAAAAAAAUUAAACGCGUGAAAUGAAAUCAAAAAUGUUAAAGAUAGCAAUUGAAAUGGUAGGUUAUGUUAAUUUAAAAUCUUUUCAUGUCUUAUUAUUAAUGAUAAAUAGUUCGUCUAACGUAGAUAUAUUAUCGUUACAAGUAUUUCGGGUUAGGUUUGAAAAUUUGUAUUGAAAAUUAAUGUCGAUUUUAAUAUAUCGAUUUAAUUUCGAGUUAUCGAUCUAUAUACGUUACGAUUGAACAGAACACGAAAUAUGUCGUUGCGGCGUCAUACAGAGCGAUAUCGAAAAAAAUUGUUUUAAUUUGGACUAUUUUUAUUUUAUCGUAUAUUGUGUUAAUUAUUGAACAUAAUUUGAUAUUCAACUUAUAUUUUUCAAUCGAAUUUAUAUUUUUUUAAAGAAUUGAUAUAUUUUACGUGAGUAAUAAUUAUUAUUACUGAUUUUUAAUUUCGGUGUAACACAGAAUGAAUACAUGGUGGUACAGUGAUGUUAAUUUUUACCAAAAUCCAAAUUUCAUAGUCAUCAAUACUGUUACAAUAACGGAAAUAUUGCAGUUCUACGAUACACUGAAACAAAAAUUUCGGUAUUUGUGGGUUCCUCCAACCGAUAGUUACGGACCUGUCGGCGGUUCUCAGUGCAACGACGAUACUCAUAGAACACUACAAGACGUCAAGGGAAUUCGAGAAAGGUACGACGAUUUCGCGGUAUAUGAUGACGAUGAUAUCGUACAGUCGUGAAUACGCGGCAUGAGAUUACCGUGUAACGUACCGAGAAGGAGGAAGAAUCAUCGAGUAAGCUCGAGCAUCUCCGCCGAGCCCCGCCCUGUAUAUAUUUUUAACCGGAUCCAUCGAAAGUCUGGCCGGCGUGGCAUACACUGUUCGUUCGGGCAAGUGAAGUUUCUAUUGACGUGCAAAAA